UCAGUGUCACUUUACAAAAUGAGAGAGAUAAAUAUUUAUACUCGCAAACUUGUAAUUACGAAUUGAUUACGAAUAACUUUUAUCACUUUUUUAAAUUUAUGGAUAAAUUCCUACUGUUUGAUGUGUGUUAUUCAAGCUAUUGAAUAUGUAAAUGUUAAUUUGUAUUUAAAAUGUAAAACCAGAAUAAUUCCAGGGUAACCUUAUUCUCGUUUUACCCAAUUUGUUAAUUUAUUAAAUUAAGUAAAAGUCUUAUCUUGUUAUCAUGGGAGAAAUGUUUAAUAGAUUAGUUCAGUUCCAAAGUCAAAUUUUAGUUGAAAUUCAAGAAACAUCUGAUCUUAGUUUUUCUUGUUUACUUCUAACAAAAUAUGUGAGAAACAUUAACUCUUUAGAUUCAGUGUCCUUGUUAAAAAUUCAAGCCAUACUCGAUUACAUGCAUGAACUGAUAAAUGCUGGAAAUUGGAAAGAUGUGAAACUUUCUUGGAGAAAAACUAUAACAGUAGCAUCUUAUCUAAAACUAAUAGUUCUUCAUAAGUCGUCUACUGAGUUAACAGAAGACUUACUUCAAGAAUUAUUUAAGAUUAUUGACCAUGGUAUUCUUUUUGGGUGUCCUCUUAAAAAUGAAUCAAUGCUGUUACAAAAGUGUGCAGAAAUCAUUAACACUUUUCGGCCACAUGUCAAUAAAAUUGAAAAUGUAUGUAAUGAAGUAAAAGAUGUAGAUAUUCAAAGCAGCUAUAAUAGUUUAUAUAAAAUUGAUAUUUUAAACUGUCCUAGUAUGGAAACAUUUUUCAGAGACUACAUUUUACAAGAAAGACCAGCCGUUUUAGAAAACUGCAUCAAUCACUGGCCUGCACUAGAAAAAUGGAAAGAUCAAAAUUAUUUCAUCAAACUUGCUGGACUUAGAACUGUGGCGAUUGAGUUAGGCAGUGAUUAUACCAAAUCUGAAUGGACCCAGAAGUUAAUGACAUUGGAAGAAUUCAUAAAAAACUAUAUGUUUAAAACAGAUGGACCUGUAGCAUACUUAGCUCAGUACCAACUUUUUGACCAUAUUCCAGAAUUGAAGCUAGAUAUAACAGAACCGGAAUACUGCUGCUUUUCUGACACUAAUGAACCUGUAGAUAUUAUGGCAUGGUAUGGCCCAAAAGGGACAUUAUCACCACUUCACUAUGAUACAAAAAGAAACUUACUAGCUCAAGUUAUUGGUAAGAAACAUAUUUUUCUGUUCUCACCAAAAGAUACUGAUUAUUUAUAUCCACAUGAUAGUCAAUUAUUACACAAUACAGCACAAGUUGAUCCAAGAAAGCCAGAUUUGGAAAAGUACCCUGAAUACAAAGAAGCUAAGCCAUAUUAUUGUACUUUAAGUCCUGGGCAAAUGUUGUUCAUACCACCUAAAUGGUGGCAUUGUGUAGAAUCUUUAUCUAUUAGCUUCUCUGUGAGUUUUUGGUGGCAGUAAUAGACAUGAAUAAAACUUUCUGAAACAUUUCAAUUUAAUUUUUAACUAACAUCCUUAAAUACUGCUGUUUUCUUCACCAAAUCUAAGUAUCAGUUUACUCCACAAACUAGUAAAAAUUUAGACAAACAUGUAAAUAAAUAUUACCAGUGAGAAACAUUUAUUUUGCUUGGCACAUGAGUGACAAAAGUUCACUGAGCUGAUGGCCAAACUCCAUUAAAUAAAGAGACAGCUUGAGAGACAAAGAGAGAGAGAGAGGGAGUAUAAAUAAAUGAUAAAUGAAAUAGAACAGUAAAAUACACCUUUUUAUUUUAACAUUAUAGAAUACACAACAGUAUGUAAAAAAUAAUUACAAGUCAAUACAAAUAGUGAUCGGAAAAUCAUAUUAAUUGGAUCACAUUAGCAAAUACAUAUUAUUUGCUCGGAUUGAAACUGUCCUGAAAUAGUCUACUAUUUAAGAAAUUAUGGCUUUUUCUUAAUCCCCAGUUUACUUUUAAUUUGUGGUUUCAUUAUGCAUUCUUAUGGUGAAGCUGAAAUCUUUUUGACAUGUGCAAAUAUAAAUUGCAAAAAGGAAACUUUAGUCAACUUACCUGUUAAUAUAGAAAAUACCAGUGCUGAAAGAAUAGAAUUAGAAAGUACCUACUUUUUUGUGAAGCAUGCCUUAAAAUUAUUGCCAAAACAAAAUGUUUAAAAAUCAACACAUACUACAGCCAACAUGUGAUAAUGAUAACCAAUAUGAUAACAAUGGAACACCAAUCGCCCUGUGAACUAGAAAUUGGAC